AUUUUCUUGCCGUGCAAAUUGUUGAAUGAAAAGGAAUUUGGGUGCAAAAAUAUAAGAACGACUCCGCUUAACUGUUCAAAUCUCUUGCACAGUGGUUAGGAGGGAACGGGAACACAACGCGACGCGACGCAACACAACGCAACGCAACACAACACACAGAUUAUGGAGUUGUUCGACAUGGUUAAAGCCACCCCACCGCCGCUACGGGUUCGGGACUCCAGCAGCUCAACUGCCAAACUGCCAGAGACACCAUCGCCGCAGCCACCAUCGGCGAUGGCCGCCGCCGCCGCCACCUCUUCGUCGCAUCAUUCGGACGUCGAUGCAUUGGACGCUUCCGUGGAGCCCUGCAAACGUUUCGUCGUCCGCCUAAAGCGCACCGUUUCCCGGGAACUAACCAAAGAGGCGGACGAGGACAAAGGACCAAAGGGCAAGGACAAGGACAAGGACAAGGAUAAGGAUAACGAUCAUGAUUCAGAUGAUAAGGAUGGUAUGGAUGACGGGGACGAUUCGAUGCAGCAUUCGAUUCCGCCAAAAACCAAGGCCCAACAAAAGAUGUUUGCCGAUCUCCAUCAGCCAGCAUCCGCGUCCCAGCUGACCAAAUCUGUGGUGGUGCGCCUCAAGCGUUUGACCACAACAGAAAUUGAGAGUUACAUUACAUCAUUCCCCCCAUCCCCAUCCAAUACAGCCAUAUCCACAUCAACGCCCAAGUUCUCAAGCACACCUAUGCCGGGGUCACGCAAACGCGGUCGCCCGAGGAAGGAUCCAAAUACCAGUGACGUCCCAGAGACCCCCUCGCCCCCCAAGAAGCCCAAAGUACACAUCAAGGUACCGUUGGUGCAGAAUAGUGGUAAAAAUCGUUCACUCAAGCAAACGCUGGCCGCAACAGCGACGACCGAAGAGCAGCCCAGAACAAGCAAAGCGGCGGCACAGCUAAGAAGGCAGGAGCUGAUCGAUCGCUUUGGCUCCCGUUUCUUUGGCUGCAUGGUAAAGCUGAAUCGUGUCAAGAUGCCAGACCAGCAGCUCAGGGGAAGCGUGAUGCAAGGAGCAGUGUGCAAGGCCAAGAAGACACUGAAGUGCCCCACCAAGGGGCGGCCGCGGAAGUCCAACCUGUCGGUGUCUUUCAGCGAAUCCGUGGAGAUUUUGGGUAGCAAUGAGAGCAGCACCCAGCGUCGCUCUACGCUGGGCUUGUCCACGAAGCGCAGGGGUUCGCCAAAACCAACGCGCCUUCAGCGUGUGGAUGCCACUGGGAAUGUGCUGGAGGAUAUUUUGCUUGCCACCCCAACGGGCAAGGAUAAGCGCCGCUCCUGCAACGGUUCUUCCGGGUCUCCGGUGAAUCGCAAGCCUAAGAGGUCGGCCAUGAGUGUCCCGGUGAUGGGACUGGCCAGCCUGCGUCUCGAAGAUGAUCAAAAGCCCGAGAACGAUGAUGAAGAUGAGGAGUACAUUGUGCCCAACGAGCUGCCGCGCACCCAAAGAAAAAGCACUCCGGUUCCCAAGAAGCGCAAGAAGAUUUCCGUGACGACGACCAUCAGCGACAGUGAGACAGAGCAAGAGCUGCAGGAGCCGAAGGAGAAGCUGAAGAAGGGGGCCGGGUCCAAGUCCGGGUCCCCUCAAAAGGCACAAAUGCCAGAGAAAUUAACCGAAAAGAAGGAGUCACAGAAAACAGAGACGGAUAUGGAGACAGAAGAAAAGUUAGUAGAAAAAUGCAACAGCGAUAAGGAUAAAUAUAUAGUCGACGGAGAAGCAGAGAAAGUCGUGGGAGCAAAUGAAAAACGAGUCGAAGGAGAAGAGAAACCAGUCGCAAAUGCAGUGGAGGACCACAAAGAAAAAGAAACCGAGGCAAAGGAAGAUCUCGAUGCCGAAAGAACAACCAUAACGAAGAAUAGGGAAGAAAACGAAAACGAAAACGACAAGGAUUCCGAAGCGAAUGUAAAAGCGGACGGAAACGGACACGGGGACGAAAACGUUGCCGAUAAAGAAAAGGACGCCGGAGCUACCAGCUUGAUUGAAGCGGAAAUAGUGCCCGAAGCAGAGGUAGAAGUGAAAUCGGAAUUAGAACAAAAACGAGAGGUGCGCGCCGCAAACGAUGAGAAAGCGGAUGGAACUAAUAAGGAUGAGGACCUGCUUGAUUUGGUCGAUGAGACUCUCUUGGAUAAGCUAGUGCUGGAAGAAUCGGUGAGGGAGGAACGGAAAAAAGAUGAUAUCGGUGAAAUACUGGAUCUGGGUGCAACAAUGGAUCUGGGUGCAGCCCUGGAUGUUGUGGAUGGCAAAGCAGAACCACCGCUGACGGCCGAGGACGAGGAGGAUAUACUGGAAAUCCAGACUUCCUUGGAGGAUGUGCGUCAGCUGCAUACGCCCACAUCUAGUCCAUGCAGGAGCGUCGUACCCCACCAGCGUUCAGCAGCACGCAUCGACUCUGGCGACUCGGAGGCUAGUUUCAAAUCCUUGAGCGCAGCGACCGAUACCUCCAUCAACCAGGAUCUCGUCGUGACACCCCCUCGUCCACUGGAAGCUGCCCCAUCGCCCACAUUGCCAGAUGAGCUAAUAUCCAUGCAUAAUUGCAACAUAACCAGCAUUGAUCCGACUUCCAGGGGGGCUACCCCGCCGAUACCAUUCUUCGCCAUUGAGUCCGAGCGCCCGUCCGAGGACGAUGAUCUGGUUACGUUACCGGAGCACGACUUUCAUCUGAGCUCCAGCCGACAUGCCAUCUCCAGGGGAACUCUGGAUGACAUCAUGACUGCGUUAGACUCCUAAGCAGCUCUGAGAAAAACUCACACAACUCAUCACACUAUAAAAAUAGAAUUUCACAUAAAAACAUUUACACACACACGCCCACAAAUACACACACACACACAUA